AUGACCCCCACCCUCACGGCCCUGCUCUGCCUUGGGCUGAGUCUGGGCCCCAGGACCCGAGGGCAGCAAGGGACCCUCCCCAAGCCCACCCUGUGGGCUGAGCCAGGCUCUGUGAUCACCUGGGGGAGGCCAGUGACCCUCUGGUGUGAGGGGACCCUGGAGGCCCAGGAGUACCGUCUGGAGAAAGAGGGAAGCUCAGUGCCCUGGGACACAAAGAUCCCACAGGAUCCCAGGAACAAGGCCAAGUUCCCCAUCCCAACCAUGACUGAGCACCAUGCAGGGCGAUAUCAAUGCUACUAUUACAGCCCUGCUGGCUGGUCAGAGCGCAGUGACAACCUGGAGCUGGUGGUGACAGGAUCCUACAGCAAACCCAGGCUCUCAGCCCUGCCCAGCCCUGUGGUGACCUCAGGAGGGAAUGUGACCCUUCAGUGUGGCUCACGGCAGGGAUAUGGCAGGUUUGUUCUCACUAAGGAAGGAGGACACAAGCUCACCUGGACCCUGGACUCACAGCAAGACCCCAGUGGGCAGUUCCAGGCCCAGUUCCCUGUGGGCCCCGUGACCCCCAGCCACAGCUGGACCUUCACAUGCUAUGGCAGUUACAGGAGAACCCCCCAGGUGUGGUCAGAACCCAGUGACCCCCUGGAGCUCCAGGUCUCAGGGCUGUCCAGGAAGCCCUCCCUCCUGACCCAGCACAGCCCAGUCCUGGACCCUGGAGAGAAUGUGACCCUCCAGUGUCACUCAGACAGUGGCUAUGACAGAUUUGCUCUGUCCAAGGAGGGCGGACAGGACCUCCCACAGCUCCCUGGCCAGCAGCUCCAGGCUGGGCUGUCUCAGGCCACCUUCCUUCUGGGCUCUGUGAGUGGCUCCCAUGGGGGUCGGUACAGAUGCUACGGUGGACACAGGCUCUCCUCUGAGUGGUCAGCCCCCAGUGACCCCCUGGACAUCCUGGUCACAGGACAGCUCCCUGCCUCACCCUCCCUCUCAGUGCAGCCGGGUCCCACAGUGUCCUCAGGAGAGAACGUGGCCCUGCUGUGUCAAUCAAGGAUCCAGUGGGACACCUUCCUUCUGGUCAAGGAGGGGGCAGCUGAUCCCCCCCUGCGUCUGAGACCAGAGUCCAGGGCUCCAGGGUUCCAGGCAGAAUUCUCCAUGAGAGCUGUGACCUCAGCCCUGGCGGGGACCUACAGAUGCUAUGGGUCUCAAAGCUCAUCCCCCUACCUGCUGUCAUGGCCCAGUGCCCCCGUGGUCCUGGUGGUCUCAGGAGGCCCUGAGGAGCAGCCCCUCAACCCCACGGACCCAGGACCCCAGCGUGGACUGGGAAGGCUGCUGCAGGUUCUGGUCGGGGUCUCAGUGGCCUUCCUCCUGCUGCUCCUCCUGCUCCUCCUCCUCCUCCUCCUCCGGCAUCAGAGCAGACGCAGGAAGGCGGCCCAGACAGAGGCUGGCCUCCAGGGACCUGCAGGGCCCACAGAGGCAGAGCCCCAGGACAGUGGCCUGCAGAAGAGGUGACCCCUGCUCCAGACCCAGACCCCCCACCGUCCUCACUGCCACCUGACACCCCCUGUCUCCCCAGGUCCAGCCCAGCCGCUGCUGCCCAGGAACAACACCUCUGUGAGGGGAAGAGGGCUGGGGUGGGGUGGAGCUAAUGUUCAGUCCUUUGGGUUUAAACCUGGGAGUGGGAUAACUGGCUCAAAAGGUGGGUCCAUUCCAAGUUGUCUGAGGGAUCUCCACUCUUUCCAGAGCGGCUGCACUGAUUUGCAGCCCCACCAGCAAUGUAUGAGUGUGACUUUCCCCCACACCCUCGCCAACACCUACCACAGCAGCCAGAACGGAGCUUACAUCCCUGUCCCUUGAGCCGGCCACGUGCCACCUGCUCCCACUCCCCAAACUGACCACUGAGGUCACCCACUACCCUGGGAGUCUGGCGUGUUCUCUGAUUGGGUGACAGGGACGGGAGCCUCAAGCGUCAGGAAAGCAGAGCAGGCGAGGAGUGAGUAAGCCCACAGCCACCGACACUGAGGGGCCUCUGACCUAGAGGCCACUGAGGGCGCCUCUGACCCAGCGUUCUCCCUGCAGACGUGGCUUGUGGGUCCUCUUCCCCAAAGGGCUUGGCCCUGCCCUGUGCUGCAGCAGCGGGGACACCUUUGGAAGCCUCCAAUCUCCUUUCCGGGCCCCCUUGCAGGCUGCCCCAGCAGAGCCCUGGCUACACCUGAGGCACCGCAGAGGAGGGUGCCAAGUCGAUCAUCCGCUUCGGGCUCUGGACACGGAGCAGGGCAAACCCGGGCUGCAAUCCUGCGCAGCCUCCGUCAGGUUACCCCGCUCCUGGGUCUGCGCUGGGAACCUUCAGGAGCCCCGAGCCUUCUCCCCAGCGUCCUCCUACCUGGAGCGACACCUGCGUAGCUCCGUCCACUCCUGUGGACAGCAGGAGCUCUGGGAGCUGUGGUCUGCACCUGGACUGUCCCCUCAAGGCUUGGUCCCCAGGGGGCACUACUGGGAGGCGGGGAGCGUGGGGAGCUGGGCCUGGUGGGAGGUCUCCCACUCACUGGACACGUGCCCUGGACGGGGGUCCUGGGACCCCGCUCCUCCUCUUCCUCCUUCACUCCUGGACAGGAGGUGAGCACGACCCCCCACCGUCCAUCGUGUUGGCUGCCCUGUCACGGACCCAAAGCCU